CCCCGACUGCCCGGGCUCCGGCACCGGCACCGGCACCGCUCCAGUUCCCCGGUACCGGCACCUCUCCGACUGCCCGGGCUCCGCUACCGGCACCGGCACCGCUUUGAUUCCCCUGGCACCGGCACCGGCACCGCUCCAAUUCCCCGGUACCGGCACCGGCUGCGCUCCGACUGCCCGGGCCCCGCUACCGGCACCGCUCCCAAUUCCCCCUCCACCGGCACCGGGACCCUCCAACCCUUUUCCUGCUCCGGCACCGGCACCGCUCCCACUCUCCCUGCUCGAUACCGGCAUCGGCACCGCUCCAAUUCCCCCGGUACCAGCACCGGCACCGCUCCCGUUCCCCCGGCACCGCUCCCAUUCCAUCGGCACCGGGACCGCUCCAACCCUUUUCCUGCUCCGGCACCGGCACCUCUCCAGCUCUCCCGGACCGCUCCAAGCCUCUCCUGCUCCGGUACCGCCUCCAGCAUCCGCCCCGCUCCGGUGCCGGUGCCGCUCCAGCCGCUCUCCGCUGCCGGCCCCGCUCCUCUCGCAGCCCGGCCCCGUUCCCGGAGCGGCCCCGCGGCUCCCGCAGCACCGCCCCUGCUCUGCCCCGCAGGAAGGAGGAAGGGACACGGCAGGAGGGAGGGAGAGCGACCGGCUCGGCGCCCGGGCUCUGCCGUCCCUGGCCGCUCGAGGGAAGAUGAACAAGAUGAAAAACUUCAAGAGGAGAUUUUCGCUGUCGGUGCCGCGCACGGAGACCAUCGAGGAGUCCCUGACGGAGUUCACGGAGCAGUUCAACCAGCUCAACAACCAGAGGAACGAAGACCUGGCCCAGGGUCACCUGCAGCUGGCACAGCUGGGCAGGGAGGUGGCAGCUGAUGGCAGCCCCGUGUCCCCAACCGAGGGACAGGGCCGGUCCCCGGUGGGCGCCGUGCGCUACCGCAACCACGGCCAGCGCCGCUGCUCCAUGGAGGACGUCAGCAGGCGCCUCUCGCUGCCCAUGGACAUCCGGCUGCCGCCCGAGUUCCUGCAGAAGCUGCAGAUGGAGAGCCUGGAGCUGCCCAAGCCCCUGAGCAGGAUGUCCCGCCGCGCCUCCCUCUCAGAUAUUGGCUUUGGGAAGCUGGAAACCUACAUUAAACUGGACAAACUGGGAGAGGGCACCUACGCCACGGUGUUCAAGGGCCGCAGCAAGCUGACAGAGAACCUGGUGGCGCUGAAGGAAAUCCGCCUGGAGCACGAGGAGGGCGCUCCCUGCACGGCCAUCCGGGAAGUGUCGCUGCUCAAGAACCUCAAGCACGCCAACAUCGUCACCCUGCACGACAUCAUCCACACCGAGCGCUGCCUCACCCUCGUCUUCGAGUACCUGGACAACGACCUCAAGCAGUACCUGGAGAACUGCGGGAACCUGAUGAGCGUGCACAACGUGAAGAUCUUCAUGUUCCAGCUGCUCCGCGGCCUGGCUUAUUGCCACGGCAGGAAAAUCCUGCACCGAGACCUCAAACCCCAGAACCUGCUCAUCAACGAGCGGGGCGAGCUCAAGCUGGCUGAUUUUGGGUUAGCCAGGGCCAAGUCUGUCCCCACAAAAACCUACUCCAACGAGGUGGUGACGCUGUGGUACCGGCCCCCCGAUGUCCUGCUGGGCUCCACCGAGUACUCCACGCCCAUCGACAUGUGGGGUGUCGGCUGCAUCCACUACGAGAUGGUGACGGGCCGGCCGAUGUUCCCGGGCUCCACGGUGAAGGAGGAGCUGCACCUCAUCUUCCGCCUGCUGGGAACCCCCACAGAGGACACCUGGCCUGGGAUAACGUCCAACGAGGAGUUCAAGGCUUACAACUUCAGCCAGUACCGAGCCCAGCCCCUGAUCAAUCACGCCCCAAGUUUUGGUUUUGUUUCCCCUCUCUCCCCCAGGCUGGACUCGGAAGGCGUCGACCUGCUGACAAAUCUGCUGCUGUACAGAGCCAAGGGCCGGAUCUCAGCCGAGGCCGCCCUGCAGCACCCCUACUUCAGGAGCCUGGGGGAGCGCGUGCACCUCCUGCCUGACACCGCCUCCAUCUUCUCCCUGAAGGAGAUCCAGCUGCAGAAGGACCCCGGGCACCGCGGCUCGGCCUUCCAGCACUCGGCCCGCGGCAAGAACAGGAGGCAGAGCAUCUUCUGAACGGGGAUUUGGCUGCCGUGGAGACGGAAACGCCGGGAAAGGAGCGGCUCCCACCCUGCCCUGGGCUCCAGCAGGCCCCAAAACCCCCGGGAGCAGCUCCCAAAACCCCAAAACCCCCGGGAGCAGCUCCCAGACCCCCAAAACCCCCGGGAGCAGCUCCCAAAACCCCAAAACCCCCGGGAGCAGCUCCCAAAUCCUCAGGAGCAGCUCCCAAAACCCCAAAACCCCCGGGAGCAGCUCCCAAAUCCUCGUUUGCAGCUCCCAAACCACCCCCUGCACGGACCUGGGGCAUUGUCCCCCGCUUUUGUUUGGGGGUGUCCCCACUGAGAGCAGCCCCAGGGAGGAGAUGCCAACGCCUGCCAUGACCUGGG